UUCCCUGGUGAAUUUUAUGAGUCUCACGGGGGCCUCUUACAGUUUGACAAUCAGGACAUUUACGAGUGAGGACACAAGUUACAUAUCGGAAUAAUUCUGUGAGAUAUAAAAGGAUUGCGGGGCAAACAGCCAUGGACGUGAGAGGUCACUUGCCUGUGAUGUCAAGACCUCCUCUUCAAGGUGAACCUUAUGUUGAAAUUGUUGAGCAACCCAAGCAACGUGGUAUGCGUUUCCGAUACAAAUGUGAAGGACGAUCAGCGGGUAGUAUUCCCGGGGAGCGCAGCAUGGAUAACAAUAGAACAUAUCCUUCCAUACAGGUUGUGAAUUAUUUUGGAAGAGUGAGAGUUUUAGUAAGUUUAGUAACAAAGGUCGAACCCUUCAAGCCCCAUCCUCAUGACUUAGUUGGGAAAGACUGCAGAGAUGGAUUCUAUGAAGCUGACUUUGGCCCUGAUCGUAGAGUUCUGUGUUUUCAGAACUUGGGCAUUCAGUGUGUGAAGAGGAAAGAAGUGAAAGAUGCCAUUCUGUUUCGAAUUCAGCGACAACUUAACCCCUUUAAUGUUCCACAGGAACAGUUGCUCCAGAUUGAAGAUUAUGAUCUGAAUGUGGUGAGGUUGUGUUUCCAGGUUUUUCUUCCCGAUGAACAUGGCAGCUUCUCAAGAGCUCUUCCACCAGUUGUCUCAAACCCUAUAUAUGACAACAGGGCACCAAACACAGCAGAGUUGAAAAUUUGUCGGGUCAAUAAAAACACUGGAACUGUUAAGGGAGGAGAUGAAAUAUUUCUGCUAUGUGACAAGGUUCAAAAAGAUGACAUUGAAGUUCGUUUCUUUACUUCAAAGUGGGAGGCCAAAGGUUCAUUUUCACAAGCUGAUGUACAUCGGCAGGUCGCUAUUGUCUUUCGGACACCAGCAUAUUGUCAAAGUAAUAUCACUGAGCCUGUAUCAGUGAAAAUGCAACUUCGCAGACCUUCAGAUCAAGAAGUCAGUGAGCCUAUGGAGUUCAGAUACCUUCCAGAUGAAAGAGAUAACCAUUUUUAUGAAAAAAGAAAGAGGACAGCUGAUGUUUUCCAUAAAAUGAUGCAGGAUUGGGUACCAGCAAAUGCCAUAGAUGACCAAUCUAGUCGAAACAGAUCAAGUAAAAUCUCAGCUGGUGUGCCUUCUGGAAGACUGUAUGCACCCUCAAAGACAAUUAAACAAGAGCCUCAUCCAUUUACUGGACUACAACAGGUGCAUGCAAUACCAACACAGCAGCAGCAUUCCAAGAGCCAUAAUCAUAAUAUUUUUCACUGUACAGUUCCCACAAAUUCAAACCAGAUCUUCCCUUCUGGCCAGCCAACAAUGGUACCGACAACCAUAGCAAGAGCUGGUGGUCAAAGUUGGCCUCAAAUACCUUCAGAUUGCAAAAUGGAUUUGCAAGUUCACCCUCCUGAAAAUGGUAAUUCAUUGCCAGUUCUCGAUGAAGAUGUGCUGAAAUGUUUAGACCCUCCCUCCCAAAAUUGUCUGUUACAUUCAAUGGGGUUCAGACAGGAUACCACCAGCAAUGGCAUUGCAACUCAGCAGAUUCAACAGCCUGUUGCUUUCAGCACCGCAGAAACGAUUGCCAAUCAAACCCCUCAUAUUAGUAUGCAAAUGCUUUCCAAUAACAACAUUGACGAUAAUGACAUGCAUUUGAUUAGUACAAACUGUGAUGGAGCAGUAUCCAUGCCAGUUCUAUGGAAACCAUCAAAUCAACAACCAUCUUCAUCCAUUCAGAGUGUGCAUUUAUCAAAAAAUACCAUGGGAAACAAUGCUGCUAUCAAGACUACUCAACCAAAUUCGCAAAUGCCUAUUGGCAUGCAUAUUGAUAGUGUCCUUAGAGACUUCAACAAGGACCUAGCUUUUAAUGGAAGCCUACCGAUAAGUGAUAUGUUUAGUUCUGGUGGAGCUGAAGGUACUGAUUGUUUAAAUUCAAUAACCUCAGACCAUGCAGAUCUGAAUUUCAUGGUGGAAGAAAACUUCUGGAGAAUGAAUUUGCCCUAAGUAAAACAAAAAGAACACCUUGGAAAAAUCAUUUGCUGUCAAUGGUUGAGCUUGAUUAUAGAAACAUCACUCAAAUUCAUUUCUUUAAUGCACGGAGAUGUAUAAAACACCCGAUUAAUGUUAUAUUUCAAUUUUUAAAUAUCUGCAUUGUUUCUUAUUUUCCUAUCAAAGAAUAAUUGUUAACUGUAUGAUUAAUGCAAUGCAUGUUAACUUUUGUGCAUUAGUCACACAUAAUAUUUUUUCUAAAUACACAAUAUAUCAACAUGAAUCCUAUCUACCCUACUGCAGUACCCCCACCUGGUCACCAAGUGCAAUUUGAUGAAAGAAUUGUCAUACAAGUGAAUUAAUAAGCUUGUUUCAAAGCAAAUGUUUUGAUGCAGCCUGUCAGGAUAUACCAGCAGAGCUCUGAAAAGUUUUGCACAUCAAUUAUGGAUGGUACUGGACAUUUUGUGCUCUCAGAUUAUUUUUGAAUCAUCCUCUCAACUGCUCCCUAGUUACCAAGGAAUGUAUAUUUGACCUCUUUUUUUAACAUUCAUUUGUAUAGUCUUAAGUGAAAUAAUUAAGCUUCUAUUGUGGUCAUAGCAAUUUGGUGGCCAGCUGAACAUGAUCUAAGUAUACUGGAGCUUUGUAUGAAGUAGGUUUUGAUAUUCAGUAAUAAUAAUUAGAAAACAAAUUCACUGAAACCUUUCAGAAUUUAAACAUUUAAAAUUUCACCUCAGUUCUCAAUUUGUCCAUUGUGUCAAUCAAUAGCAGCCCGAAUGAUCAAAUAUUUAUUAUGAGAGAAAAUUUCUCUCAGAAAGGCAAGAGUCAAGAAAAGUUGAAUUUGAUUGGUGUAUACAAAGUAUCUAUGUGAUCUCAGGAACAAAAACAUCAGAUUGUUUAAGAUUUUGCUAGUUGCACAUGUUGAGUAAGAAAUGCAGGUUUACUGUUCAAAUAGAAAUAGCAAGAACUAAACAGAUGGAAGAGGGUGAGAAUAGAAAAAAUAAAACAUUUUAAAUGAAAUGUCGUCUCAAAAUUGUGUAAAUUUCAAGUUGAAGAUGAAAAAUGCUGGCAUAGAGAAAACACCCAUGGGUAUGAUAUAGCAAAAAUAUGUUUUGCAACCAAAAUUCAAUGAAGGAAGAGGACAACCGUGGAGGUAUAUUCCUCUCUUUAAGAAGUCUGGUGCAUCCUUGAAAGCCAGGUUUAAGUGGAUCCAAUAGGAUCAAAAAGAGACUUGUUGAUGUGAACAAGUUAAUGCUCCAAACAGGAAAUGCAAGAAAGUAUAUCAAGGAAGCAUAGAUAGCAAGCAGGCAUAGCAUAAGUAGUGAAAAAAUUAGUGGGUGCAUGUAACCAAGUGACUUGAUUUCUGCAACUCAGAUAGCCGAGAAGUAUUAGAAAAUCUGGAUGAAGUACUACACUAUUUAUUAGAGGAAACGUGUUACUAAUCUGUUGGGAAACUACGCAAGAAUCUGUAGAUUAAUAAGGAUGUACAACUUUGGUCAGUAAUGUUGUGUCAGCAGCCAAGCCAAUUAAACCUACAGACUGGAUCCAUGCAAAAUGUCAAAGAUUAGAGAGAAAUUUUCACUUUUUACAUAAUUGUAGUUAUAUAAUUGAACCAAGUCAGCAUUCAGAGUACCCUUCCUGUAAAGGUGUCAAAACCAAACGAGAAUCUUAUCCAGAACCAAAACUCAAGGAUUAUACUGAUGGUGUGGGGAAAAUGCGUCUUUGUUAAUAAGGUCAAUUUGCUUAAUUUUAUAUUAGCAAACACCAUAAUUGAUAACAAAAACAGUUUCUGUUGUUUCAUCAGAUAUCUUGUUUAGAGUAAAGCCAUGCCAUUUGGUGUGGAAGAUGCACAGUCAACCUUUUCGAGAUUGACUUGUAAAAUGAUGACUAUCUGAGCAUCAGUAACCUUUAUUUGAUUGUCCAAGUUGAAAAGGGAUUUGGUAAGGUCACUGUCAUUAGUCUUGCAUGCUUAGCUGGUAGAGGUCAAGAACUACGAUAACCAAGUGCAAGGAUUAAUUAAUACGAGUGGAUUCAGCUGGAAAUUUGUUUUAAACUUACGGAUUAUAGUCCCUCAGUUAUAAUUGGGAAAAUAAAACAAGGGAAUACUGUACUUAGAAUCAUGCCAAAAGGCUUUUGAAAUGAGGCAUUGCUUGCAGUUCCAGACUUCAAGCUCUAUCUGGUGGCUCAAACCUCAAACCUCCGCUGCCUUGCGACUAUACCCACUCAUGGGGCAGGCUUCGCGAGUAAAUCCUGAGGGGAAAAAUCUGGAGGUGGAGUCCUUAAGGCAGUCCUACAUUGAGUUCAAUGUUGGCUGGUAACUCCUGCGAUGCUGCUGGUACCAAACUGUAUCGCUCUCUGCCAUUCCUUUGGGUUCAUCAGCUGCAUGGAGAAGGGGAAAUUUGCUACAUGGGCAACAGCUUGCUCUCCGUAUCGUACUGGCCAAGCUUGCCCCUCUAGACAGCUAGGACACGAUAUCCAUGGUUGACUUUGACUGACUAAGGUCAGACAGAGGGCUAAAAUGGAGUAGUGGUAGUACUGAGGCUUAAGCAUCAAAGAAAGCCCCUUGACUACUGAAAAGAGACCUUAAGUUUUGUAAUGUCUCCAACAAUUUCAAGUAAAUAAUAAGAUGUGAUAGUUUAUACAAUACAUAAUCUUCUUGCGCCUUAUAAAUCUUCAAGGCAAAGAAACAAUGGCUGUUUCAGUAGAGUAUUAUGCUGCAAUUCUUUGCACACAAAUUUUGUAUGUUUCAGGGGAGGAUGUAAUUGCUGACAUGAUAAAAACAGAAUACUGGAAUAACUUGGGUCAGGUGGAAUUUGUGGAGGAAAAGCUUUCACGUUGAUAACUUUUCAGCAGAAAAUGAUUUCUGAAUCCUCUCAUGAACUCGUUCCCAGAAUGUACAAUAAUCAUUUUUAUCUCUACAAAAUGUAAACUAAUUUUCUUUCUGAAAUUGUUCCUAGACGUACUCCAGUGUUUUGUUUUAAAUUCCAGAUUCCAGGCAUGUUUUUUUUUAAUUUUGCUUUUGAAUUACUGAUAUUCUGGCUGUAGUUUAAUCAUUGAAAGAAAAAAAAAGAGUGACAAAUAUAUUGCCUUUAUAUUGUACAGCACGUAAUGGUUAAAAUGCUUUAAGAACUUGAUGCAUGUAAGUAAGUUUUCUUUGCUAGGGUGGCACAGGACAGAAGAUGGUGGUGGUGCUGGGAGAACAGGAGACAAUUUCUUAAGAUGUAGUUCCCCAUGCAACACUGAGGGAACUUAAAACUUUCCCACAUGAUUGUGGAUGACACUAAAUACCACACAGUCUGUUUAUGGAUGAUGUUUGAAUCAUCUUAUGAACAGCUCCCCAUCUACCAAGGAAUGCGUGUUGAAAAUUUGAUGUAAUCUUUGGUAAGGUGUUUGCUUAAUUGUCAAGUAAAAUGUUUUCUGGUGAUUGUGAACUUCACAUAGUGAUUUUUUAAAAAAUGGCCCCAAGUUAUCCACCCUGAUAUCUCCUGUUCCCCCAGACUACUGUAAAUUUUAUGGAUUCAGUGUUGUGUAUAUGGAAUUGAUAUACAGUAAAUUAGAGGGAAAAUUGCAGUUUGUCACUCUUCAUCUAUAUGGAGAUAUGUGCCAGAGAACAGUUCAAGUGCGAAAAGAGUAGCAGUAUUAUGGAGGUUAUAAAUUUAAUUUUUUAUUGUAAUGGUGGUUAAGCUAACACCUAAUCACACAUGGAUGUAAUGCUGAGGUUUUAUGAGGCACUGGUCAGACUGCACUUGAUAAAUUGUGAGCAGUUUUGGGCCUCUUGUCUAUAAAAGGAUGAGCUGGCGUUGGAGAGUCUAGAGGCAGUUUAUGAGAAUGAUUCCAGGAUUGAAAGGGUUAACAUAUGAGGAACGUUUGGCUGUGGGUCUGUACUCACUGGAGUUCAGAAGAAUUUGGGGGGGGGCGGGGGGAGAGGCUGGAAUCCACUGAAACUUAUUGAAUAUUGAAAGGCCUAGGUGGAUUUGGAUGUGGGAAGGAUUUUUCCUCCAGUGGGAAGUCUAGGAUUGGCACAGCCUCUGUGAUAGGAGGAUGUACCUUUAGAACAGAGAUGAAGAGGAAUUUCUUUCAUCAGAUGGUGGUGAAUCUGUGGAAUUCUUUGCCACAGAUGGCUGUGGAGGCCAAAUUAUUGGAUAUAUUUAAAGUGGAGGUUAAUAGGAUCUUGAUUAGCAAGGGUGUCAAAGGUUACAGGGAGAAAGCAGGCAAAUGGGGUUGAGAGGGAUAAUAAGGUAGCCAUGGUUGAAUUGGUGGGCAGACUUGAUAGGCUGAAUGGCCCAAUACUGCUCCUAAGUCUUACGAUCUUACGGUUGUACUCUGAUUUCAAUUACUGCCUUAAUCACAGGAGAUUGGGGCAGUAGGUGAGGUGAUCUUUACUGAGGAAGGAGCUGUCUGCCGAAGUGCUAUGAAUAACGUUUUUCCAACUUCCUAGAAAUUUGUGAACAAUUCUAGUUAACUCCCACUCCCUAGAAAGUCCUACAAAACACUGAUACGCGGUUAGGGGCCCCACAAUAAGUGUUUAUAUUCUCUAGUGGGUAACAAUUGACAGAUUACAGGCAUCUGUUGACAUCAUUUGCAGCACAGGAUUUUCUUUACACUAGUAUGCACUAACAGAAGCAUACAUUUGUAAAUUAGCAAACCUAAGUCUUGAUAUCUUGAACUUCUUGCUGAUCCUGCCUAGUUCCUCCAACCAAUUGCUUGAUUAUAUAAGGCUUCAAACAAAAAUACUAUAUAAUCAUCUUUUUAAUAGUGUGGUCAAAACUGAUUAAUUGUGAUCAGAGUUAAAGGUUCUCAAAUCAAGCAGUAAAAUAGCCCAUCAGAAAUUUUAUAUUUACUUUAUGAUUUUGCAUUGUAAAGCUGUAAAUACACUUUUAUAUAAGGGACUUCCCUUAAUGUUUGUAAUGACUGUGUCAGCCUAACUACUUGCAAGGAAAGUUCUCAGUUUAUAACCCUUGGUAAUUUGAAUGUAAAAUUGCUUACUGUAAUUAGUCUUUAUAGUAGCAGUAUGGAUUUAUAAAAAAUAUCAUACUUAAUGUUCUUCCCCACUAUCAAUGUGUUUCACUGUUCAAAAUGCUUUAACAUAUAAAAUAAAGUUAAUGUAACAGUUACCACAUGUUUUAAAUAAAAUUUGUUUGAUUCUGUCUGAUUGCAAUCAUUACUUUCUGCUGGACGAUUCCAGUUAAUGUAACAUUACCACAGAUAGGAUUGAUAAAAUUUAAAAUUGAGUAAAAACUAGUGCCAAUAGGUAGGGAAAGCAAGACCUUGUUUGUUUGAAUGCAAUACAAGUUCUCUUUCAAAUUCUGCUACCUCUUCAUGGUUCCCACAGUACUGUGUGUGUGGAAAUACAUUGGACAGCUGUACAUACUGAAGUAGAUUUGUUUCAAUCCCCUAAAGUUACUAACUUUAGAAAAUAUAUUACAUCACACACAAAUCUAUAUAAAUGAAAUACAAUUAAAGGCAGUGGAGGUCAGUUCACAACUCUAACAUUCAAGUGACAAAAAUGGCAAUAAAAUGGAAGUUAUAAAUUUAAUGUGUUACUGUAACAGUGGCUGAGAUAAUACCUGAUCACUUUUUGUGCUACUACUUGAAAUUGAGCCAUUCAGUGGAUAAUGCACAAUGAUCUCUGGCACCUAUAAUUCAAGGAGGAAACAACCUCUAUGAUCAUUUUCACCCAGUGCAUACAUUUUAUGUUGCAAUCAGCUGAACCAAAUCACUUUUUGGUGCAGAACCACGUGGGAGAAUGGCAAAGGUUAGCCCCCAUUACCAGAGAAGUCAGCAAGAAAGGGUGGUGCACACAAGACAAUUAUGGGUAUGUUAAUAAGUCCUUUGGUAGGUGAAAGGGAAAACAGGAUAAUACUUGCAUCAGGUCAUACUCUAUAUGACAUGAUAAUGCAGCUUUAUAUCACAACCAUUCUUGGAGAUAGGGUAUAACAUCAUUAAAUCAGAAAAUAAGCCCUGCAGAGGGAUUAUCAAAACUGUUUAAUUUACUAACAAGACACGGUCAAGUUAAAAAUCCAGUAAAUUUAGCUUACUUUCUGCUGCUUAAAAUUGAAUUUUUGCACCAAAUUGCUACAGAGCAAGUCAAUGAAAACAAGCCAACAAAAUAUUCAUCCCCGAAAUAUUAAUUCUAAAAUUUAUACAUGGUAGACCCAAACAAAAUCUGAGAUUGUGGCAUGACAGUACGAAGUAAAAUGGCACGUCUUUAUAGCAGUGCUAACUAAAUGAGACAUGACUGAAAAUAUUUAAACAAUGCCAUAAUUCACUUACAUCUUUUCCCAUGCCAUAAAUAACAGAUGGUGUUUGUUCUUAUUACUCUCUGUGCAAAGUUGCUAUUGCAAAACAAUUUGUUACAUUUUCCCUCAGGUAAUAUUUGCUACUUCAGCCUUUAAAUGCUGGUGAAGCAGUUGGUUUGACAAGAUUGGAAGAUGCUUUUUACAUACCCAUCAUUGUGUCAUUUAAGUAACAACCUACACCCAUAGAUAUUACAAAUAUUAUACAGAUUGCUUUAUGGUUCUACAUUUGAUUGCAACAAAUAAUAUUUUCACAAGUCCAAGAAGUGCUGUUAUUUUGA